UCGAGCGUGAUUCACUCGAGCAGCUUGCUAGCAAACAAGGGAUUGGAAGGAAAAUGGAACCCACCGAUCAACCUGAUCCACCAACACAGCCUGUACUUCCACCUGGAGAUGUGCCAGCAGCUGCUCCCAGAGAAGCACUGUCAGAGGAGCCGUUUGGAUCAACAGAGGAGGAUAGGCUUGUCACUAUUACCACUGCUGUGAAAUUCUUACAGAACCAAAAAGUACGGCAGAGUCCCUUGGCAACCAGAAAAGCCUUCCUGAAGAAAAAAGGGCUGACGGAUGUGGAGGUGGAGUUGGCCAUCCUGCGCUCUGGAAGCACAGAAGUAGCCCUGCCUGUGAGCCCUGUGGGGCCCCCACAUCCACUUCAUGUAGCUCAGCUGGUACCUGCCACGCAAAGUCCAGCAGGUUACAGAUGGCGAGACUAUGGUGCCCUCGCCAUCAUUAUGGCAGGAAUCGCCUUUGGCUUUCAUCAGCUGUAUAAAAAAUACAUCCUUCCCCUCAUUAUGGGCAGCCGAGAGGACAAGAAGCAUCUGCAGAGGAUGGAGAGCAACAUUGCGGCAAUGAGUGGCACGCUGACACAGACAGUCAGUCAGCUGCAGCAGACCCUGGCCUCCGUUCAGGAGCUGCUCAUCCAGCAGCAGCAGAAAAUCCAAGAGCUCUCGCAGGAACUUGCUGCAGCUGAGGCAUCAUCUUCAACCAACCGCAUACUGGACAACCAAUCAGUGGCUGAGCUGAAGGCUGAGAUUGUCUCUUUGAAGGGCUUACUGCUCAGCAGGAAACAGUUCCCGUCCACUCCUGCUGUUCCUAAGAUCCCCUCGUGGCAGAUUCCAUUAAAACCACCUUCAGCAUCCACGUCCCCCUCUGUCAAUCACACUAACAGCAGCAGCGACAUCUCUCCGGUCAGCAACGAGUCAGCCAACUCCUCCCCUGUUAAAGAUGGUCAGCUCAGCCCACAGGAUGCGCUAGGAGGGCCUGAUGGAGCAAACGGUAUCAAUGGAGACGUUGGCACUGGAGGUCUCACAGCCAUGGACCUGAAGGACCAGGUCCGCAUGGAGGUGCAGGGGGAGGAGGAGCAGAAGGAGGAAAGGCAGGAGGAUGCGAGUAAUGCAGAUGAGGAGGAGGAGGACUGUCUACAGACAGAAGAUCGUCGAGGUGGGGACGGACAGAUUAACGAACAGGUGGACAAACUGAGGAGGCCCGAGGGUGCCAGCAACGAGAGCGAGGUGGAUUAGACGACAGCACAAAAACACUCUCCUAACACAGCUCCUCCUCUCAGCACACAGCUUUGUUUCAUUCUGCUGGAAAUCACUGUUUGUUUUUAUUUUUCAAAUUAAUCUCAACUGUCUGUUUCCACUCGUUUCUGUAACAUGUUAAUCUUUAGCAAAAUGCAGAGCAAAUGUGCAGGUGAGAGGAUGCAAAACUGACAAAUAUUGGAUUGUCAAGUUGACGCACAGCUUGGUUUACUUUUCAUCAUGCAAACUAAAUGACUGCGUGCCCAGCCAAUUACCAUGUUGUGACAUUUCUUUGAAAGGAGAAAUGAUGAGGAAUAGUCAAAUCAGCAAGACUUAAAAAGGCUUUCUUCAGUAAUAACUGUGUGUGACUUCCUACUUUUAAUUUUCAUGAUUUGAUCAGAUACUUCACAGCUUUGCCUUGGCGUCCUUUUGGCUCUGAUACAGACCACAGAGGCGGGGCUGCACAGACUCUCUGUACAGUGCAGCUGUAGGUCAAGAGUCAUAUGUUGGCACUUGAGUCUCAAAGUUACCGUGAGCGUCCAGAAAAGCAUUAGCAGAGUUUGUCUCACUGUUGAUGGCAAUCGGAGAGGACAAGCUCUUCCAGGGCUGGAGCUUUUAGCCUCUUUUAUGUGUCCUUUCGCAUUGGUGUCAGUCUGUCAAUAAUUCACAAGGCCAGCAGGGUGGCAUUUGGGUGAAAUAAAAGCCCUGAAAUUCGAGAUUAGACUGUGAUGACGGGCUUUGUUCCACUCCGGUGUCAGAGUGCUCAUACACUCAAAGGAGGGGAAGAUAAAUGUUUUUCCCCCGCUUUCCUUUUUCACUGAGGGCUGAAUUGUGUAUCUCUGCACUCAUGAGUGUUUGUGUGUGUUUGUGUGAGGCAGGCAUGAAAAAACUCAGACUGUCUGCUGAGCUGUAUCUGUGUCUCCAGCAGGGCAGCUGAUUUGGUUUGUGAAGUAUGUUAAUAAUCAAAUGAUCAACAAAUAACAGAUGUAUUAGUUCAUGCAGCUUGAAAUGUCAAGGAGGCUAAAAGCGGAAAUCUAAUACAGAAAGCCCAGUUGCAUUGUAUUAUUUUCUGUGACAAACCCUCCGGUCCAAAUUAUGUAGGGCCUCCUACAGUGAGUAAUCUUUACAGAAAACUGCGACAAUAUUUUGUAAUUAAGCUGCAGUAAGACGUCGAUGGCUGCCACAGAUGGAAGUGGCAAAACUCGUGUCUUUUUUUCUCUCUCUCUCUUUCUCUCUCUUUGUGGAGGUGGAUGGGGAAGUAGAAAAAAAUGCCCCAUGAUUGAAAAGGAAAGUAAUAAAUGAAUACUUGACUUAUUGAAUUACUCACUCUUUCUCCAGUUAACAGAAGAGAAGAGUCCAUGAGUGAGAAGAAGGGAUCGAGCCGUUUCCAUCUGCAUCACUCUACCUUCGAAUGAAAAGGUAGAGAGGAAAAGUACACAUUUCUGUGUGGCUCCGGUCCAAAUGUGCUGAUUCCGUUAUUUGUGAUGGUGAUGAAAUUGUUGGUAAAAUGCUAAAUGACAUUACAACAACAAUGCAGUAAGCUGUGUAUUUUUAAUUUAAAAUAGAUACAUUUGUAUGGAUUUAUAAGAUUGUUAAGAGAAGUAACUUAACUGAUGCUUCUGUAGUGAUUGGUCUUCAGUGUAAACUUCUGAUUGCUGUCUGAAUCUGAACCAAAAUUGUACAUAUGUGAAAUAAAUCUGGUUUACCUCCA